UUGGUGGGAACAGCGACCGGACUUUUACUAAUAUUUGAACCAGAUAACCUGGAGAGGGACCUGGAACUUUCAACAGCUUUCAGCUGCGAAUCAUUCGUGUAUUUGACAGUGACGGAGCUACUUCCAGUGGCUUCAUUAGCUAAUAUUUCAUUGAUUUCGUCAGAGAGGUUACACGUAACACUUUUCCCCUUUAGACAUUGUCUUGCUGGAAAGCGGGACUACCUCAUCAUUGUUUUUUGUAGUUGGUUGUUCUCCUUGACUUUGUCAUCUGCUAUUGCUCUUCUUUAUUUGCGCUUAUCACUUGCAAAUCCGUAUGUCAAUGCAUCUGACACACUUUUCUCACCCUUGUCGUUCUCACAGUUUCGUAUGUCAUAA